GCAGUGAGGCUACAAAGAUGCAAAAACCGUUGUCUUAGCAGGUUUUCAGUCCCAGAGAAAGAGAGGGAAGAGAAGAAAGAGAAACUAGGUAUCAGAGGGUGGAAGAUAUGAAAGGGGAGGUCAGAAAGUGAGUGAGAACACAUCCACAUGCAGAAUCAGAGGGAGGAGAUACAAAGGGAGAUGUGAGGUGUAGAAACUGCCUUUAUUUUGCUUUGAGCAGCCAGUGGAUACAGUUUGUGUGUGUGAGAGAGAGAGAGAGAGAGAGAGAGAUGGACAGGGAUGGUUUGUGCUACGGUAUGAAGAGGAUGCAGCAGGAUCCUGUCCCACAGUUAUGAUCCAGAUUCUGAAGUGACAUACAUUGGUCAGAGAUGCCUAUAAUAUCUGGAAACAGUGAACAAGACUAUAAUAACCUAAGCUACUCCUCCAGCAGUACCUUGAACCAUUUCUUUCCAAUUGCUGUUGAAUCCCAGACAAUUAAAGGAGUUAGGUACCAAAGGGCUCAAAGGAUCUAUGACACAGAUGGAGUCUAUACAGCUGACCUGAAGCGAGAAAUUAUCAUUAAUGUAGGAGGAAUUAAAUACCUCAUGCCUUGGAGUACUUUGGAUGAAUUUCCUAUGACAAGACUUGGAAAAUUAAGGUUUUGUAGCAGCUAUGAGGAAAUCAUCCAGAUUUGUGAUGACUUUGAUGAAGACACCAAUGAAUUCUUUUUUGACAGGAACCCUUGUGCUUUCAGCAUGAUUGUCAGCUUCCUGGCAGCAGGCAAGCUGAGGCUCUUAAGGGAAAUGUGUGCCUUGUCUUUUCAGGAUGAGUUAACUUACUGGGGUAUCGAAGAGUCCAAACUAGAAAGAUGUUGUCUUAGGAAGCUUUUUCAGAAACUUGAAGAACUUGCUGAGAUCAGAAAAGAAGAGGAAGCCCAGAGGAACAGGGAGACCAUAUGUGUUCUUGAAGACAACACCAAAGUUGGCCAUUGUAUGGGCAAACUAAGGGAUAUGGUAGAGAAUCCACAAUCAGGGAUCCCUGGAAAGGUGUUUGCCUGCCUCUCUAUUAUAUUUGUGGCCACCACCGCUAUAAACCUUUGUGUUAGCACCAUGCCAGACCUCCGAGCUGAGGAGGACAGGGGUGAAUGCUCCCAGAUGUGUUAUAACAUCUUCAUCAUUGAGACCAUUUGUGUGGCCUGGUUUUCUUUGGAGUUCUUUUUGCGUUUUAUUCAAGCAAAGAGCAAAUGCCAGUUUUUCAAGGGACCUCUAAAUAUUAUUGAUGUAUUGGCCAUAUUACCAUAUUAUGUUUCCCUAAUAGUGGAGGACGAGCAAAAAACUGUGGAUAAACCUAGCAGCAAUUCCUACCUGGAGAAGAUUGGGCUGGUUCUGCGUGUUUUACGUGCCUUGAGAAUAUUAUAUGUAAUGCGACUUGCAAGACACUCACUCGGCCUGCAGACUCUGGGACUUACAGUACGAAGAUGCACAAGAGAAUUUGGACUUCUCUUACUCUUCCUCUGUGUGGCAGUAACAUUAUUUGCUCCUUUGGUUCACCUAGCUGAAAAUGAAAUGGGCAGGUGCCAAGAGUUCACGAGUGUACCGGCUUCAUAUUGGUGGGCUAUUAUCUCCAUGACAACGGUAGGAUAUGGAGACAUGGUACCCAGAAGCAUUCCAGGUCAAGUAGUAGCUUUGAGCAGCAUUCUUAGUGGAAUUUUAAUUAUGGCCUUUCCUGCAACAUCAAUAUUCCAUACCUUCUCCCGCUGCUAUUCCGAACUCAAGAGAGAACAGGAAAGACUGCAGAGUCGUUUGAUGAGGUUAAAAGAUGCCAAUCAGUCUGGUGAAAGUGAUACAUUCAACGAUACAGACAGUUUGGUCUCAGAGGAAGCUUACAAAUAUUUUUACAAUGGAAAAUGAGCUCUAGUUAAAGGAGGAUGGAGCCAUUAUAUGAAUGACAUCUAUAUUGUCCUAGGUAUUUUUAGAGGAAGAGGGAUGUUGACAUAUUGUUUGCUGAAUGUGAUUUUUUUUUCUGGAGAUGAACCAAAUGAACUGAACUUUGGCUAAAAAAAAUAGCCAAUUAUAAAAGUGUUACUGAUAGAAAGUAAUAUAAAGUAAGGACUGUGAAAUAUAGAAAUAAUAUUUACUACAGGUAUGGGACCUGUUAUCCAAAAGGCUUGGGACCUGAAGUUUUCCAAAUAAGGGGUCUUUCCAUAAGUUGGAUCACUAUUGGUGAUGAGCUAAUUGCGAAUCUUUGAAAAGACUCGAGAAACAGUGAAAAAUCCGCGAAACAGCAAAAAUGUUACGUGUCCAAAAAAAAUUGUUGCAACAUUUUUUGCUGCGCAACAAACAAAUUUUGUUGCCUGAUUCUCUAAAUAAUCCACCAAUGGUGAAAUGCGGAAAUUUGCACCGAAUCCAUGUCUGGCGAAUUAUUUUGCCCAUCACUAAU